AUGAAGCAAGCUAAGACAAAAGCUACGAUUGGAGCCCUUGCGACUCUGAUCUCAUAUGUUUCCUUGAACAGCUGGGCUCACGCCUAUCAUCCCGAGGCAUUUAUCUGGUCACCUCAAGAUCGAGAGAAUGCGGAAUGGGUAGCAACAUCUAACUCCUGGCUUGACAGAAAGGCAUGCCGCUGGCUCGGAGUCUGUGGGGGUUCACAUAUACACUUCUCGCGGCAGCCAAACCAAGCACUGGUCUCACAUGAGCCAGCUCUGAAGCAUCCAGGGAGUGAAGGCAGUGACGACUGGCAGAAUGCCUGGAAAGAACCCACGAAUACAUCAAAACAUUGGAAUAAAGACGAGAAGACGUUACGAGAAAUACCAGAAUAUGUCUUGGAAUAUGCCCCAUUAGUGCAUCUGUUUUCUGGUGAACGAUAUUGGCCAUGCGAUAUAGCUGAACACUUGUACCACGUUACGCCUGAACUUAACUACACAGCCAUACAGUCCGGAUCUGUUCAUCCUGCGUUGACUGAUUUGAAUAAGUAUAACGAGUACCAUGGUGGGGGAUGGGUAUAUUUGACCAGCAACGACAACCCGGAAGAAUAUCCAGACUGGCUAGGAGGACAGAAGAACAUUCCAAGUGUACCAGAAGAGUUAAAGGACGACUUCAGUGGUAAUGACGGCUGGGUUCAUCGACCUGGCAGGACAUAUUUACAGGGCAUCAAAGACGUCAUAGCGGACAUGAAAGAGUGGUUCGGGUCUGAUAGCGACAGUGCUGCCGAUCUGAAGGAAUCUGCUACUGCGGCCAAAGAGUACGCGCGGCUCCUCCUAGAGCAAGGGUAUCACCAAGAGUUGAAAAGAAAAACGGCUGAUGAAGAUCCAGAAGGUCGAUUUCGAGGAGGUCGAAGUGAAGCGCCAGCUGUGCUAAUAGCUAUCGACAAGGGCCACGGAGUCGUCGAUGCGUUUUGGUUUUUCUUCUACAGCUUCAACAGGGGCAAUUCAGUGUUCAAUGUUGUUUUUGGCAAUCAUGUCGGAGACUGGGAACAUACUGCUAUUAGGUUCCAUCAUGGCGAACCUAAAGCUGUUUUCUUCAGCGAACACAAUUUCGGGUCAGCUUACAGUUAUGAUGCUGUCGAGAAGAUCGGCAAGAGACCUGUUAUCUACUCUGCUACUGGCUCUCAUGCCAUGUAUGCCACUCCCGGGCUACAUCCUUAUGUUCUACCAUGGGGUGUUUUGCACGAUCAAACCGACAGAGGGCCACUGUGGGAUCCUACGCUCAAUUCGCAUGCAUUCACUUAUGAUUUCGAGAAGGACAUCUUGAGAGCCUCGAAUAUCACACCACGCGCUCCGACGGGUUGGUUUCACUAUGCAGGCCGCUGGGGGGACAAGUUAUAUCCAUUGGGUGACAAGCGCCAAUACCGUUUCGCAGGACAGUAUCACUAUGUCAGUGGACCUCUUGGGCCUAAGUUCAAGAACCUUGGCAGGAAGAAGAUUUGUGGUGGGCCAGACAGACAGCCUUGCAUCAUCAAACAUUGGUUGGGGGGAGAAUCCAAGAUAGGAAGAUUGCAACACAAAGGAGAGGAAUCUGAUCUUUACACUGAGGAGGAGCGUCAUCUUGGGAUAUCGCAAUAG